AUGGCCCAGCCUUAUUGGCCUCCUGGUCCCCAUCUGCCUCCUGUCUCCUGCAGCUACUUAAGAAAAGUCCAGGACCAGGAACACCUUCAUCAACAAGAUGCCACCAAUGAGGUGUUGAAACCUGAUGCUGAUAGAGCCCAGCAGGUGCUUGAACAGAGUACAGAAAGUCCUGUCCACAGCACCUUUCCACUGGCUUCCCUGGCCCCUCUGACUGAGUGUUCUUUGCCUAUACACCACCUAGAACAACAAUCUAACUUAAACAGUAUCUCUUUGGGGACUGUCCCCUGGAGCCACUUCUUAGAAAAUGUGGAUUUGUCAGUUUACCCCUGGACCACCUUAGGCCUUGACAGCUUUCAUCGUGUAAUUUAUUUGCUGUGCUGCUGGUGGGAAUCUGCUAAAACCUUGUUUUUACGCACCUGGGCUUAUGGCACCACAUCCCAGCCAGAAAGGUUGUCCCCACAACCAGCAGAAAUCUCCUUCCAGAGAGACUCCAGGUUCUGGCAAACAGUGGCUGGAGGCAUCUCUUUCAUUAAAAACAACAUCCAACUUCUGGAGAUGUAUGUCUCCAAAAAAGUGAGCCAAAAACUAUGGAAGGAGAAAGGAAAGGAUGACCCAUUUUUCACACCGCUGAGCCCAGGCUAUCCCCCAGAUUCUCUGGGGAAUCUACUGAAGUCACAGAAUAACGAGAGACACACCAUGAAAAAUCUCUUGUGGGAAACAAAAACAGGAAUUUGGCAGUCCGCCAGUUAUCCACAGGGCUUUUAUUCCAAGCAUGAGUUAGACCCUGGGGAUCUGAAACGCAGCCAGUUUUUCUGGGGCCUACCCUCUCUGCAUAGCGAGUCUCUGGUGGCUUCAGCCUGGCUCCAAGCAAGGUCUUCCUCUGGUGGAAGUAGACCCUUCACAUUUAAUAACAUUUUCUUAACUGAACCUCCACCUAAAGGAACUCUACAUUUUUCUCGGCCUCAGGAUGUUGCUCAACCCCAGCUUGAGACAUCAAAGUUGCCUCUACCAGCGCCUAAAGUCCUGACUGAGGACCACUUCCCAUACUCAUUCCCAAACCAACUACAUCUGACUCCACUGCAGAUUAAUACCGGUAGGACAUCAGGUCCGAUAUCUGAACAGUGGGCACAAUCAUUAUUUCCAAAUAAACACCAUGAUCUAGAAUGGUCCUUAAAAGAGCAACUGAAAUGUGGGGAGGUUUUAACCUCUAAGUUUGAAACAACUCAGAAGAUCAUUAAUCAACCCACUCCUAACCUUCCCCAGGACAGCAAUGUCCCCCAGAUUAAUAAAUUAGACACCACCUUUUCCGGGAAUUCUGUCAUCCUUGAGUGCCAGAAGUCUGAGGAGGAACCUCAGAGUCAAGAGGAGGUCAGCAAAUAUAAAUGGCAGCACUUCCCUUCCCUCAGACUUCCAGAGUCCCCGCUGAUGCAGCAUCAGGAUACAUUCCCAGAAAAAAUUAAAUGCCAGCCACAGAAUAAGCAUGAGCCCCCCCAGACUUCUCAGCCCACUGAACUCACUUGUGAGAGCAAGAUAGAAUCCACAUUCUCUAAUGAAGUCCAAGUAGCUCUCCACCUGGACAACCCAGGCAAGGGCAUAGAGCAAGAUCUGGAGAGGGACCCCAUUAAGGCUGUGGAGAUCAGUAAUGUUUCAGAAAGUGACUGGAUGAUGCAUAAGAAGUAUUCAGGAAGUCAUUCACCCAGAACACUAGAUAAAAAAUACCUGGAGGUCCACCUACAGAGGAAGCUGGAGCAGGUAAAGCAGGGCAUGAUUCCGGUGCGCGUGCGCCAAUCCUUCCUCACUAGCAGCCGUGUUUUCUCCAGACCCAAUGCCCCUUCAAAACCAAAUGUAGCAUCCUGCACUAAUCAGCCAUCUAGGGUGAACACCUUUCAGGAGCUUUCCUUUCUUGAUACUAAAAGUCGCCUUAUGUUAGAGACCAACACUGUAAGCUGCCGGAUGAAACACCGAUGGUAUCCCCAGCUGCAGGCCUGUGACUCAAAUUUCAGUUUACAAGAAGAUCUUCUUCCACAGCCCGUUUUUCCUUCAGCAACCUCCUGUGACUCCAAGGCCAAACCAGAAGAACAUGGUCAGAAGGAUUCAGGGAAGGAAGAAAUGAGGAAUGUGUCAGUAGCUUCCUUGAAGCGUCUCUUCUCUGCUCUAUCAGCUGAGGAAAUACAGAGGUCCCAGGGACAAAAUCCAUCUAGUAUCAGCCAUGGGCAUCUAGAGGCCUGCCCAUCAGAACAGAACAGCUUGCCUCUGAUGCCCAGAACCUCCAGUCUCCUAAGCAGAACAGUCCCAGGGACUGUAAAGGAAAGCCUGGAGCCAAGACCUAGUCCAGUAAUGGCCUGUCAUAAGCCACAGGAGGAGAGUGUGGACAUGGUCUCAAGAGACCCUUCCCUUAAUGGGACCACACUCAAGAUAAAAUUAGCAUUCCCACCUCCUGUGACCAAAGAUGCCAAGGAAACAGAGGAGGUAAAAAAGGAGCUGCCUCCUAAGCCAGAAGUAACAGUAGCAACUAGUCUGUUACAAAACACUCAAAUAAUUAAUUUCAAGAGUUCAGUGUCUCAGGGGACUAAUAAUAGCCCCUCCCCCUCCAGAAAUGUUUUACAAGACCCUGGACACGCCCGACAGAAAGCCCAAGUGAUUCGUGAGAUCCAAUGUAAACUGGGGAUUGCCUCGAAACAGCCCCAAAGCCUAGCCAUGGACAACCUUCGACGCAGCCAUACUGACAAGCUUUCCAUGGACAACCUGUCUUCUAAGGCCUCUUUAACCAGUACCCCGAGCAUGUUUAAAACCAAAAGAGACCUGGAAACUUCCCAAGUUCCUCAUGACCUUUCCAUGAAAGAAAGACAGAGCCAUGGGGAACAAGAGCCCAGGGACAUUAGAGUUAAAGCUCAAGGACAAAAACAAAGCAACAUGUUUGAUUCCCAAGCGGAUAGACAAGACCAUGGAAAAUCUGGUCCAGGACUUGGGGAAAGGGCAAAGCCUUCCCAAAGUUGGGAACCAAGCCCCCCUCCUCAAGAUAGGAGAGUAGGCUCCAAUGGGAGGAAGACUUCCCAAGGGGCUGGACCACAUCCUUCAGAAAAGACCAAGAUGCAGAACUUUCUGCCAUUUCUUAACCCUGAUACAGGAAAACAAGAGAAAAAAGACUCCCUGCCAAGAGUUGAGUGCCCAUUAGCCAGUACACAGAGCCAAGAGUCUGAAACCAGCAAACUAUGUGCACACAGUGGGGCGACUGAAGCCCAGGCACUCGUGAUGCCUGCUGGGCAGACACUCUUGAACAAGACUGGGCUUUGGCAUGGACAUGACCCAUUCCAGUUGUACUACCAUGGAAAAGAAUCCCAGUACAUACACUCAAAUUACCAGGACAUACACUCGAAUUACCAGGACAUACACUCUAAUGACCAGGACAUGUAUUCUAAUUACCACAUGCAUCCUUCUGAUCCAGAACAAACUUCAAUACAUGUGAGCUAUGGCCAUCAGGCCAGUCACAGAGGGCCCGGCCCCCCUACUAAGAACAGAUAUACCACAAACAAGACUAGCAAUCUGCCCUUGCUUCCCAGAGAGCCUGUUUUCCUAGCCAGUCCCUGCUGGGUUAGGCUGGAUAGGAUACAUGCCUCCAGAUACAUUUGCCAUCACCCAAUGUGCUACCACCAGAAAUCUGUCUUGUCUAGCUGA